AUGGCAAUGAAGGGAGUGAGAAACUUAAGUCGAAAGAUCUUUACAAAGGUUUGCAAACGUGAUGGAGAUCUCUGGAGAUCAUACGAGGACGCUUACAAGAACGAUAAAGAUUUCCUAACUGAACUGGGCAAGUUCCUAGAGUCAUAUGAGAAAUGUCUGAUUCAAAUUAAGGGCGGAGGAAUUGAUGAUGGUUACAAGAGAAUUUUGGAGAAAUUGAAGCUUGUCAAGGGGGCCUCAGAUAGAGUCCAGAAUCAGUGUUUUGCAGAUCAAAUGUUGCUCGAAAAGAUUGAAUGUUUGAUAGCACAGCGAAAAGAUUUUGGUAGAGAAUUGACUGACCAAAUAGGAAAGCCUCCCAAGAAAUAUGAUUGUACUCGUGCUUGGAAACGCUGUUUGAGGCUGGUCACUCAUAUAAUAUUCAUUGGUGCUGCAGCUGCUGAGUUUGCUUGCACAGUUGUGGCGGCUGUUAUGUCUGCUCCACUUGUUGCACUUGCCAUUGCUGCUGCUAUUAUCCCAACACUAGCCGGUCACCAUUGGACUCUGUCUUGGAUUGAAGAUUAUGAAACUCCUCUCGACUAUCAGGAUGAUGUUAUUCGCUUAAUGCAAUUCGGAAUUAUGCUUUCCUUUAAGGAGUUGGGAGACAUUCAGACGUAUCUCAGUAGUGUUGACAUAGAAUCACUCUUAUCCCAUCUCAACUGUGUAAUUGAGGGUGACGUAAUUCUCAAUAUUGAAAGUAUCGAGUGUCUUCUGAAGAAAAUUGAUGAAUUGAGGGAAAGAGCAAGGAAUUCCAAGUCCCAGAUAUCAGAGGCAAAAGAUGAGGUUUCAACAACUCUACGAGCAUCAAGGUCACCAAGAGCAAGAGUAAGAGUAAGAUUCAAUUCUAAUUGA